CUCUACUCAAAAGCCCUAAUUUCGUUCCCUAUAUAAACCCUUUUCCUCACCUUUCACCACCUCCGCCAUCUACACGCACUCCAAACACUUGCACAGAACAAAAACACAGCAAAAAUGCCGGCGGGGCACGGUCUGAGAGCGCGCACGAGGGAUCUGUUUGCCCGCCCGUUCAGGAAGAAGGGUCCGACCCAUUUAUCGACCUAUCUCCGGGCCUACAAGAUCGGCGACUACGUCGAUGUCAAAGUUAACGGGUCGAUCCACAAGGGCAUGCCCCACAAGUUCUACCAUGGCCGCACGGGUCGGGUUUGGAACGUCACCAAGCGGGCAAUCGGGGUUGAGGUCAACAAGCAGGUUGGUAACCGGAUCAUAAGGAAGAGAAUUCACGUUCGCAUUGAGCACGUUCAGCCAUCACGCUGCCACGAGGAGAUACUGGAGAGGAUCAAGAAGAAUGAUAAACUUAAGGCUGAGGCCAAGGCACAAGGUAAGAUUAUUAGCACCAAGAGACAGCCAGAGGGACCCAAGCCUGGUUUUAUGGUUGAGGGAGCAACUAUUGAGACUGUGACUCCAAUCCCAUAUGAUGUUGUCAAUGAUCUCAAGGGUGGUUACUAAGGUUCUUAGCUGUUGGCUAAGUGGGAAUUUUUCUUGAAUUUUGGAUUGUCUUUUGAUUUUCAAGCAUUUGUGUUAGACUCUACUAGUUUUUUGUUGUGUUCUUUGCACAUUUGAUGGAUCCAGAAUCUGGAAGUGAUAAUUUGAAUGGAUUUUGUUGUGGAAUAUGAUAUCUGGUCUGAUUAAUACUUGCAGCAGCUCCUGUGUUGGUGUGAGUUUUUCUGCCGGAAUUUGUUUUUUGCUCUAAAAAUUUUUAAGUUGAUUUUGGUGUUACUUUCAUAUAUUGUUUGUGCAUGUGUUUUAUGUUCUCUCUAUUGCUGUUUGUUCGACAGCUUAUCACUCCAUUUGGGUUAAAGUGGUCAAGAUUUUCUGGUGUUGAAUUUGUAGUCAGUAG